AUAGUUGAAAUUCGCGUAUUCUCCGUACACGAACACUUCCGUUUGAGUAAUCGAUCAAUUGAUUAAUCGUAGCCAGAUCAAUAGGCAGAUCGAGGAAUUGGCGCAACAGUUUGUGCGCGAGUCAGCAUGCUAUGAAAAAAUUUCAAAUUUUCUGAAAAAAAAAAAAAUUUAAAAAGAUAUAGAAAAGAAGUUGGACCACAUCUCGUGAUUAGUUGAUACGUGAGAUACCAUUCGCGGGGAUACCGACUAGACGAAUGAGAUUGUGAAAAACGUGCAUUAUGGCGAACCAUCAUCCCUCCUACGACUUUGAGGACAGAAGCCAGAGGAUCCGCCAUCGGGUCGGCACCGCGUCAAGGCCUGCAGAUUCCACUGUGGCUUGCACCAGUACUCAAUACUACGUGGGGCAUAAUAGCGAUAUCACUGAGGAAGAUUUGGCAGAAUUACCUUCAUGUGUUUAUGCGGGCAGGUCCACGCAACAUGUUACUCACACAUCACCACAUGCACAUUCUCCCUUGCAUUAUCAUAUGCCAGUUUCAACGCCAGAUCAUGACACAGAGAUGAACGGUGUAGAAGAAGGUUAUUAUCCAAAUGGCAGUCCUUAUAGAAUUCAAAGACACGCAGCUAAUAUUCGUGAAAGAAAACGUAUGCUGAGCAUCAACUCGGCUUUCGACGAGCUACGGGUCCACGUGCCGACCUUUCCUUACGAGAAGAGACUGUCAAAGAUUGACACCUUGCGCCUGGCCAUAGCAUACAUUGCGCUCUUGCGCGAGGUUCUAGCGGCCAGGCUUGACCCUUUAACGUACGUCGAGAGGUGCCUUAGGGGUGAAAUAAAUGGCGAACGCGCCGAAUGGAACACGAGCGAUCUGACGGCACGCUUGUCCUGGAUAAAUUGGGAAAAUUUGGGGGUGAACCCAAACCGUCGAUCGGUUCUUACUACCCUAGCACUGACAACCGACAAUAUGAAUUGAAUACUCGUAACAAGACAUUUGCUGCGAUUCUUCUUUUCUUUGUAAAUACCAUUAUGCUGAGAUAAGAAAAGAGAGAAGAAAAAAAUGCUGAAAACUUUUCCGCGAUCUCGAUUUUAGUUCACGUGCAAUACGAACGACGAAUAUUGUAUUCAGUAUCUAUCUGUACGUGUAAAAAACUAGUUAGUACAAUUUAGUAUUUGCUUUGAAAUAAAAUCGAUGCUAUUCGAAA